AUGAAACGAUCAUUCUCUUCUUUUGCAUCAAUUUUAAUCACUUUACAAGUUAUCCAAAUCAUCCCCACAACAAUUUCCACUACCAAACACGUCCCUAGUGACAUCUCAAAAGUAAACGCAUGGGUUGCUGAUAACAUCAAUGAAUUCAAUGAGCGAAAAGCCAAUAAUUCCAAAGGAGUUCAACGCAUUGAUUUGGAUCAGCGCUUGGCCUCGGCUGAGGACAGACUUAGGUUGAUAAGGGUUGCAAAGGAGGGCGUUGCUGAUUUUAGAACUAUCACUGAUGCCUUGGAAAGCAUUCCAAAGGACAACAAGCAAAGAACAAUUAUUUGGAUUGGCGGAGGUGAGUAUUGGGAGAAAAUCACGAUUAAAUGCAAUAAACCGUUUAUUACAUUUUAUGGAGAUCCAAAGGAUAUACCAAAGAUAGUGUUUAAUGGCACUGCUUCACAGUAUGGAACGAUCUAUAGCGCCACCGUAGCUGUAGAGAGUGAUUACUUCAUGGCCAUCAAUGUGGCAUUUGUG